CUUGUAUAAAACUAGCUAUAAAUUGAAUCCAGCGCCGUUUCAUUUUCAAACCUUGGAGCAACUAAAAUAUCUCUUCGUUAUUACGAACCCCAUGGCAACUUAUUGCUCAAAUAUUGAACUCUUGCCGCAAGAUUGUGUUUGUUCCAUUUUAUCGUACUUGUCCCCUGCCGAGGCAUGCACAUUCUCACUUGUCUCCCCAACCCUUCACUCCGCCGCCGACUCCGACACCGUUUGGAAGUCCUUCUUACCAUCCAACUAUGAAGACAUUCUAUCAAGGGCUGUCAAUCCCCUUCCCCUCCUCCAAUUCUCUCAUCAUCACAAGCAACUCUUUCAAGCACUCUCCCAUCCCCUCCCCCUUGACGCUGGCAACAAGAUCUUCCAAUUGGACAAGUCUUCCGGUAAAAUUUCGUAUAUCUUAUCUGCAACGGAGUUGUCUAUAGCAUGGGGCCAAGACACAAAUUACUGGACCUGGACACAAACCCCUGAAUCAAGGUUCUCAAUGGUGGCUGAGUUGAGAACAGUGAACUGGUUGCAAAUUGAGGGGAAGAUGAGAACAGGGGAGCUGACAGAGAGAACCACAUACGGUGCUUAUCUGAUAAUGAAAGUCUCGUCAAACAGAGCUUAUGGGCUUGACUCUGCGCCGGCGGAGAUAUCGGUUGCGAUCGGGGACAAAGUCGUGCAGAGAGGAAAGGCUUACUUGUGCCAGAAGGAGGAGAAGAAGCGCAUGAUGGAGAGGCUAAUGUACGGGAACCGAAGACACAUGUUGGGAAACGAAGAACAAGAGAAUAUUCCAGUUCCAUUGAAAAGAGAGGAUGAUGAUGGGUGGAUGGAGAUUCAGAUAGGGGAGUUCUUCACCGGAGACACUGAUCAAGAGAUCAACAUCACUCUUAUGGAGGUCGGUUACCAUUUGAAGGCCGGCCUUAUCGUCCAAGGCAUUCAUGUUAGGCCUAAACACUAGGUGGAAUUCACUACAUAGAUCAAAUUCGCGGUUUACUAUCUCAUUGUGUACAUAAUCUGUUGACUGUUCCAUUCGUUGAGUGAUAUUUUGUCGUCAUGAUGUGAUGCUAGAGAAUAUAAUACAGCAGCGCACAUGGAUGCAUGUGGUUGUUUUCCCAAG